GCGAUAAAAGUCGUGAUCGGACGGAGAAGCUUUAAUUAACGUACACAUGCACGUGUUGAGAGGGAAGUGUCUAUCAGUGAUUAAAUUCGCGGCCGAGCUGUGGUCGAGUGUAUAGUCGAGUGAACUAGUGUGCUUUUAUUUCUCUAAAAUAGCCGCACGCUGUAAUAUCGUGCCCAAAUUUGUCGGACAAUGUUGUUUCUAUUAGCGCUGCUGUCCACGUUGCAUCUGCAUCAUCAUCAGGCUCUGGGUUACAACGUCGACGAUAAGCAUCCAAAGAUAUUCAGCAGCGAAGCGGCGGCAGGCGAAAGCUACUUCGGCUAUUCGGUAGCGCUUUACGCCGGCGGCGAAGACUCGGUGCUGCUCGUCGGGGCACCUAGAGCCAAUUCGAGCUUUUUUCCCGGCGUCUUCGAGCCCGGAGCCGUGUACCGCUGCUCACCGGCUAACGGCUCCUGCAGCGAGUGGCUCAUAGACGUCAGUGGUGAACGUCAGGUCAAGGAUGGAAGCUGGUUGGGUGCCAGCAUGGACCUUCGUGUGCCGCGGGAGGACGAGUCGACGGAAGCGAGAGUCGCGAUCUGUGCGCCACGCUGGAAGAAAGAGACCUUAUACGCGCCGAAAAGGUCCUACAUGAACGGGAUGUGCUUCUCGAGCACAAUGUUCGUUGAAGAAAUAUUUUUAGCUUAUUUCAAAGAAUUGGCAAUGACACUUUCUCCUCCGAUACUAUGGAACCGUUAUUCAAUGUUGAAGACUACCGUGAAAACUUUUGAUCAUAUUUUUGCAAAUUUAAAAAUAAUUCAUUUUUAAAUUUGCAAAAAUAUUUUAGAUUAGUAUAAUUACACUCGUAUAUAGCGACAAUGUGUGAUUUAACGAACUUUUUGUAUGAAUAAGCUUUCACAUGAGCGUGGCCUAUUUCGCAUUAUGAAAUAAAUUUAAUUUGUAUAAUAUACUAAUUUAGUAUAAUGUCGAGCUCCGCGACACUUGUUAUGAAAAAUAGUAUACGCAACUCGUGCGAGGGAAACACGACUUACGCACUCGUGGUAGUUCAGCGAACUAAAUCGUGUUCCCCUCGCACGAGUUGCGUAAUGUACUAUUCUCCGCACUAAACAAUUUUGAAAAACAUUCCUGCCGUAAAAAUAUAUUUUAUAAACAAAUGUAACAAUUUAUUGUUUUGUAAAUUAAAAUAAAACACAGUAAAAAGGUUAAUCAUAUUUGAAACUGUCGCCUUUAUGUACACACUUAUGGCUGACGCAUGCGUAUAGUAUCGAUGCGGAACUUACCGCUAGCGACCGCUAGGUGGCUGACGAGAACCCCAAAGUGAAAUUGCGUUCUGAAAGUGUUAUAAGCGAACAAAAUGCGGAAGAAAACAAUUUGGUAUCGCUUCUCCGCCUAUUGGCUAAAAUCAUAGUGUAGUAAACUUUAACAAACAAUAACAUCGGCACACAAAAUAAAAAAAGUUGUCUACGCGAGAAAUCAGACCUAUCUAUCUUUAUGUUUUUCGGG